GUCGCUAGAUACUGAUAUCGCAUAACAAAACAUAUUCAUCAAAUCUCCAAUGUGUUGAGCGGUGGGGCUGCAUUCAUAGCUCGUACUCGUGGAGGUUAUUUUGCCAAGCGUGGGAGAUUUCUGAGUGAACGCGCCACGUAUACUUAAAAAAAAUGGCCGGCAAUAACGCAAAGAAGUUAUUACAAUGUGUAAACCAACUUACAUUUAUGCAGUUAAGAAAUUAUGGCUCUGCCAAAAGAGUUGUGGCAGCCAAGCCAGUUGUGGAGAUGGAUGGAGAUGAAAUGACCCGGAUCAUCUGGGCUAAGAUUAAAGAAAAACUCAUCUUCCCAUAUGUCAAGCUGGACUGCCUUUACUUCGACUUGGGCCUGCCGCACCGCGACGCCACCGACGACCAGGUGACGAUCGACGCGGCCCACGCCAUCCUCAAGCAUAAUGUUGGCAUCAAGUGCGCCACCAUCACCCCUGACGAGCAGAGAGUCGAAGAAUUCAAAUUGAAAAAAAUGUGGCUGAGUCCCAACGGGACGAUCCGUAAUAUUCUUGGCGGCACGGUGUUUCGCGAGCCCAUUCUUUGCAAGAGCAUCCCAAGAGUUGUUCCGGGAUGGACGCAGGCGAUUGUGAUAGGUCGUCACGCUCACGGCGAUCAAUACAAGGCGCAAGAUUUUGUCGUGCCUAAACCAGGAAAGGUGGAGUUUAUCUACACCGCUGAAGACGGAUCAGUAGAGAAACGUCUCUUGUAUGACUUCAAAGGUCCGGGCGUGGCUAUGGGCAUGUACAACACCGACGAAUCUAUCCGAGCGUUUGCGCAUUCUAGUUUUCAGGUAGCGUUGCAGAAAAAGUGGCCGCUUUACCUAUCUACUAAAAACACUAUACUUAAGCGUUACGAUGGCCGCUUCAAGGACAUCUUUGAGGAAAUAUAUCAGAGCGAUUACAAGAAACAGUUCGAGGCCGCUAAGAUUUGGUACGAGCACCGUCUCAUCGACGACAUGGUGGCGCAGGCCAUCAAGAGCGCCGGCGGCUUCGUCUGGGCGUGCAAGAACUAUGAUGGUGACGUGCAGUCCGAUAUCGUAGCGCAGGGGUACGGUUCGCUGGGCAUGAUGACGUCGGUGCUGAUGUGUCCGGACGGGCGCACGGUGGAGUCGGAGGCGGCGCACGGCACGGUGACGCGCCACUACCGCAUGCACCAGCAGGGCAAGCCCACCUCCACCAACCCCGUCGCCUCCAUCUACGCGUGGACCAGAGGCCUCAUACACCGCGCCAAGCUCGACGGAACACCAGAACUAGAGCGGUUUGCUCUCGCGCUGGAAGAGGCCUGCGUCGAGUGCAUCGAUAGCGGUAAAAUGACUAAGGACCUCGUGAUCUGUAUUCACGGAUUGGCCAACACUAAGGAGGGGAUGUACUUACACACAGAAGAUUUCCUUCAAGCUAUUGCCGAUCAAUUGGAGCGUAAACUAUCAAAGUAAAUGUGAUCAAACUCAAUAGGACGUGUUUAGACACUGCCCUUAUUAAAACUUCUCAAAUAACGUAAUGUCUAUAUGUCAUAUAAAUUAAAAUGCCCUGUGCUUUUAGUUAAUGAGUAGUAAAUAAAAAAAGCAUUGUUGAGCAGUCGACAUCGAUAUGUAAUACUUAAUUGCCAAGAGUUUAUCGUUUGUAUAGAUCAGUCUUCCAUAAAUGGGUCAUUACUCAUGAGACCGGAUUAUAACUUAACAAGCCCAAAAUAUUCGGGAAGAUAUGCUUGAAAACCUUCAAAACAUGCAACAUCAAAAGAAUGAAAUGAAAAUAAAUUAAUUGUUAGGUUAUUUCUACUUAAAAUCAGAAUAUAAUUUGCGGGACCAAAAAAAAAGAAAGAGACCUAAUUGCAACUAAUUCGGACGCAAUAUGCUUUUCGUUAGAGUGAUGACCUAAAAAAAACGAAAAACUAAUGGUUAUAAAGUAUAAGUAAUUUAUAGACUCAAAUAUAAAACUCGUGACUAUAAUUUAUAUGACAUAUCUGCGUUAGAAAUAAUAGCUAUAACACGAGAUGUAAAAUUAAUAAGAAAUAAUUUGUGAUUGUCAAGAAAAUGUAUCAAAUUGGAAAAAAACUCACUAUAAAAUUAUCCAGCCAAAUUAAAGAAAGCAUUAUUAUCCUAAGUAAUUAAGAAGAUUAUCACAUUUAGAUAUAGUUUGGCCUAAAUGAAAUGUAUGCAUACGUAUUCUUGCCUUGUUUUCCCACCCUCGGUAGGCGUAAAGAAUAAGAUGGCGCAUGUAUGAAUUCCUAUGCUGUUAAUGUGACAAACUGUAAGCCAAUAUAGAAGUAUUUUCUGUAUAUCUGUAGUUACUAAAUAGUGGGCUAAUCCAAAUUAUAGACGAGUCGACCCAGUGGUCGACUCGAAAGUAUCCUACUGUCAGUACCGUAGGAUAGUUUCAUCUCUCUCGCACAUUUCUGGCUAGAUAACUUAACAGCUGGAUAGCCACGUACUUUUCGUUGCAUAUCUAUGUCACUAACGGCAGAAUAUAAUUUAAUAAUCUCUUUAGCUUCAAUAAGGAUUACAGUUAAAAGGAUCCCAGUGAUAUAAGUAUGCUACGUAAGACUUAUUAUGACACAGAUUUAGCGAUAGUAGUAAGACUGAUAAAGUGGUGCAUGAUACGAGACUGAAACCAAGAGUUUUGAUUAUUAAAUGUUUACUGAAAUCUGUUCUCAUAGUUCUAAUUAUUUCAUUUCUAACUGUGCCAUUAAGUAUCGAUUGUUAUUACGUUAUGAAUUUAACUAUCGAUAUAAAUGUACAUUCUGUAUAAAUCAAUUUAAAUAAUGAAAUCUGUUAAAAGCUGGUUUGUAAAAUGUAUGUAUGGAAGUUAUAAUUACAAUUUUAUUUUAU